UGAUCCCAUAUCUAAAGUCAUCAUUGCUUUACUUUGUGGUAAGGCUGCUAUGGAAAAAGUAAACAAAAAUAAAAUAUUUAUAUAUAAAUGAAAACCAAAAUUGCAGCUACAGAAAGGCCAAAGAAGCUUCUUUUCUGCAUCAACACAAGCUCGCCCUUGCACAGCUAACCACCAUUCUCCUGGUUUUGUUCAUAUACUCCUCUCAAGCUCAAUCUUUUCUUGGCCUGUAUUUUGUGAGUUCUCUCAUCAGUGAGCAAAUUUGAUGUCUAUGCCAAAAGAAUAUGAUUACAUAGGCUUAUCAGAGAAUUCUUCUGUGGAAAGGAUCUCUGACAAGGUCUCCUCUUCCUCUUCUUCCUCCUCUACUCUUCCAACAGAAGAGAACGGCAACAAUAACAAGACCUCUUCUCUCAACCUGAAAGAAACUGAGCUAAGGCUUGGUUUGCCUGGGUAUCAGUCGCAGGAGAGAAAAUCAUUGCCUGGAGUGUCUCUUUUUGGUAAAGAUAUUGAUACCGACACUAAUGGGUAUUCUCUUAGUCCGUUAAAGAAUUUAGUUUCAGGUGCUAAGAGAGGUUUCUCAGAUGCCAUUGAUGAGUCCUCUGGGAAAUGGGUUUUUUCUGUGAAUAAUGGAUCUAAUUAUGAUUUGAAUAAAGGGGCUGUUUUAUUUUCUCCCAGAGGUGAUAAUGGUAAUACCCAGAAAACUUCUGUAUGUGGACCAGCCAAGCAAGAUGUUGUUGGUGUUUUUACUCAAUCUUCAAAGCCAAUUCAAGAGAAGAGCAGUCAAUUAUCCGGUCCAAAUGAGAACAGUAAUGCUCCUGCUGCAAAGGCACAAGUGGUAGGAUGGCCACCAAUUCGCUCAUUCCGUAAGAACACCAUGGCCUCUAAUGCGACAAAGAAAAAUGAAGAUGCUGAAAGCAAAUCAGGCUUUGGGUGUCUAUAUGUAAAAGUUAGCAUGGAUGGUGCGCCAUACCUCAGGAAGAUCGACCUCAAAACUUACAGCAACUAUGUGGAACUCUCAUCUGCACUUGAGAAGAUGUUCAGUUGCUUUACUAUUGGACCAUGCGGUACCCAUGGAUUGCCAGGGCGAGAUGGCCUGAGCGAGACGUGUUUAAAGGAUAUUCUCCAUGGAUCUGAAUAUGUCCUCACAUAUGAAGACAAGGAUGGUGAUUGGAUGCUUGUUGGUGAUGUACCCUGGGAGAUGUUUACAGACUCAUGCAGGAGGCUGAGGAUCAUGAAAGGUUCAGAGGCAAUUGGGCUUGCUCCCAGGUCCAUGGAGAAAUGCAAGAAUCGUAAUUAGUGUAUAAGCAUAAUUGAGCAAAGGAGGCUCAAGAAGGAAGCUUUAUGAAAUCCCAAGAAGCCUUGUGAGUGUCAAAGUUGAGAGCUUUGCUCAUAAGAAAUAUAUAUUUGGAAAUGUCAGAAGUUUCCUGUAUUUAGUUUACUGAGAGAAGAAAACACUUGCACUCAAGACAUUUAAGCUUGGUUAGUUUAAUUAUUCACCUAGCUCAAAUCUUUUCAGGUGUAUUUCAAUGUGUAAGAACUUGUGGGUUUGCAAUUAUGAGGAAUAAUUGCUGCACCUGCUUUACAUACAAGUAUCAACUAAUGGGUUUUGAUUGCCUGUCCAUUUUCAUCACAAAA